GACAGAGCAAUACAGAGAUCUCUCUCACCUGUUAUCUUCAGGCAGACACUUCUGAAUGCAAUAUUCUCUCAAAAAGGACACCAUGUCUAACUUCUAUGUGUGUUUGCUACUUGCUGGUCUCUGCAUCCUUGCCAGCUGUCAUCAUGUGCCCGGACACCAGGGUGGCCACGAUGGGCAUGAACAUCCAGCAGAUGACCAACCCCCUGCUGAAAGUCACCAGGAGAGCAGCCAUUUGCCCUGUUUCAAGAUAGCUCCAAACAAUGCUGAGUUUGCAUUUAAAUUUUACCACCAGAUAGCUUCCAAGGCUCCUGAUAAAAACAUUUUCUUUUCUCCAGUGACCAUUUCCACUGGCAUUAUGCUUGUGACCCUGGGACCUAAAUCAGGGCCGACACUAGAUCAGAUGUUUUCAGCAAUUGGCUUUAAUCAGUCCAUGAUCAGCAUAAAGGAGAUAGAUGAUGGUUUCCACCACCUCCUACAAUUCCUGAACCGCUCUGAGGCUGAAAUGGAGCUGAGUGUUGGGAAUUCCCUUUUCUCAAGAAUCCCAGUGCCACAGGAGACCGUGGAUGAGGCCCGUGAUUUGCUCCAAGCAGAUAUUGUGCAUACUGAUUUUCAGAAUGGCAAAGAAGCUGUGAAACAGAUCAACAGCUACAUAGAGAAGAAAACCCAUGGGAAAUUAGUAGACGUUCUAAAGGAUCUUGACCCAGAAACUGCAAUGGUUCUUGUAAGCUAUACCUUCCUGAAAGGUUAUUGGGAAAAGCCUUUUAGUCUCGAGAAUACUCAGAAGAAGGACUUCUUCAUCAAUAAUGAAAUGACAGUGCAAGUGGAUAUGAUGCGCAGAGAUGGCUAUUACUACACCUAUCAUGAUGAAGAGCUGGCCUGCGAGGUGGUGCGCGUCCCAUACCGAGGCAAUGCUUCGGCACUCUUCAUCUUGCCUGAGAAAGGAAAACUGAACCAGGUGGAACAGGCAGUGGGGCGAGAAGCUUUAUUAAAAUGGGAGGCUGGUGCAAAAGAAAAGAGAGUAGAUCUGUCAGUUCCAAGGGUUUUACUGAAAACAAGCAUUGAUGCCAAAGAAAUACUUCAAGAAUUGGGUAUCACUCAGGUAUUCACAGACCAAGCAGAUCUACGGACAUUCACUAAUCAGAGCAAUUUCAAGCUUUCAAAGGUUGUCCACAAAGCAUAUUUGAACAUCCAAGAGAAUGGCACUGAAGCUGCUGAUACCAAUGUUGUUGAACUGGUCCCAGCAUCUCUCCCCCCUGUAAUUAUAUUCGACAGGCCCUUCCUAUUUAUGAUUGUAGAGCAUUUUACCCGUACCAUCUUAUUCUUAGGGAGGGUUGUGAACCCUAAUGACCACUAAUCACACAGCUGGGAAACUCAGGAGGCUCUCUUAAUGCCCAAGUGCUAGCUCUAUGUAUGCGAAGAAUUUCUUCUAGAGCAAAUUGAAAAAAAAACUGAUGUGAUAACCUGGAGUCUGUGGAAAAAAACAAA